CACAGUUCAGACGCCCAGAGCGCUCAGGCAGAGCGCGUCUAGGGGGGGAUGUGCUCCAUGAGGGCUCUGCAGAAUGCCUUGAGCCUGGCCGGCAGUCACUGCCGGCGGGGAGGCUGGGGUCACCUAAGCCGGAGUCCCCUCCUUGGCGGGGGUGUCCGGCACCAUCUCAGUGAGGCUGCAGCGCAGGGCUGGGAAACACCGCACAACCACCAACCGCAGGACCAGGAUCAUGACCUGUCAGAGAGUGGCAUGCUGUCCCGCCUGGGGGAUCUGCUCUUCUACACUAUUGCUGAGGGACAGGAACGAAUCCCAAUCCACAAGUUCACUACUGCACUGAAGGCCACUGGACUACAGACAUCGGAUCCCCGACUCCGAGACUGCAUGAAUCAGAUGCGUCGCAUGGUUCGAGAGUCUAGCAGCGGUGGCCUCUUGGACCGUGACCUCUUCCGAAAGUGUGUGAGCAGCAACAUUGUGCUCCUGACCCAGGCAUUUCGAAAGAAGUUUGUCAUUCCUGAUUUUGAGGAGUUCACGGGCCAUGUGGAUCGCAUCUUUGAGGAUGCCAGAGAGCUCACUGGAGGCAAAGUGGCGGCCUACAUCCCUCAGCUGGCCAAGUCAAACCCAGACCUGUGGGGCACCUCCCUGUGCACUGUGGAUGGUCAGCGGCACUCAGUGGGCCACACCAAGAUCCCCUUCUGCCUGCAGUCCUGUGUAAAGCCCCUCACCUAUGCCAUCUCCGUAAGCACCUUGGGCACUGACUAUGUGCACAAGUUUGUGGGCAAGGAGCCCAGUGGCCUGCGCUACAACAAGCUCUCCCUCAACGAGGAAGGAAUCCCCCAUAACCCUAUGGUCAAUGCUGGUGCCAUUGUUGUGAGCUCCCUGAUCAAGAUGGACUGCAACAAAGCAGAGAAGUUUGAUUUUGUGCUGCAGUAUUUGAACAAAAUGGCUGGAUAUGAAUACAUGGGUUUCAGCAAUGCCACAUUCCAGUCAGAGAAGGAAACAGGGGAUCGAAAUUAUGCCAUCGGCUAUUAUCUCAAGGAAAAGAAGUGCUUUCCUAAGGGAGUGGACAUGAUGGCUGCCCUUGAUCUCUACUUCCAGCUGUGCUCCGUGGAAGUCACCUGUGAAUCAGGCAGCGUCAUGGCAGCCACACUCGCCAAUGGUGGGAUCUGCCCCAUCACAGGGGAGAGUGUGCUAAGCGCUGAAGCAGUACGCAACACCCUCAGCCUCAUGCAUUCAUGUGGCAUGUAUGACUUCUCAGGCCAGUUUGCCUUCCAUGUGGGCCUGCCAGCCAAGUCAGCUGUGUCGGGAGCCAUCCUGCUGGUGGUACCAAAUGUCAUGGGAAUGAUGUGUCUGUCACCACCACUGGACAAGCUGGGGAACAGCUAUAGGGGUACAAUUUUCUGUCAGAAAUUGGUGUCUCUCUUCAAUUUCCACAACUAUGACAACCUGAGGCAUUGCACUCGGAAAUUAGACCCACGGCGUGAAGGGGGAGAAGUUCGGAACAAGACUGUGGUGAACCUGUUAUUUGCUGCCUAUAGUGGAGAUGUCUCAGCUCUUCGAAGGUUUGCCUUGUCAGCCAUGGACAUGGAACAGAAAGACUAUGACUGCCGCACAGCCCUGCAUGUUGCUGCAGCUGAAGGACACACUGAAGUUGUUAAGUUCCUGAUCGAAGCUUGCAAAGUGAACCCUUUUGUCAAGGAUAGGUGGGGCAACAUUCCUCUUGAUGAUGCUGUACAGUUCAACCAUCUGGAGGUAGUCAAGAUGCUUCAAGAUUACCAGGAUUCCUACACACCAUCCAAGGCUCAAGCUGAGACAGCAGCAGAAACCCUUUCCAAGGAGAACUUAGAGAGCAUGGUGUGA